CGAUUGUCAGGACUCUCUUUUUAUCAUUUCUCUCUAAUUUUCUCUCCAAAGAAAUCUCAUUUUUCUGGGGAAAUGGGGUGUGCGCAAUCUAGGGUUGAUAACGAAGAGGCGGUGGCGAGAUGCAAGGAGCGACGAAACGUCAUCAAGGAGGCGGUUGCGGCGAGCAAAGCUUUCGCCGCCGGUCAUUUCGCCUACGCCAUUGCUUUGAAGAACACUGGUGCUGCUCUCAGUGACUAUGGCCAUGGCGAAUCUGAUCAAACACUUGAUGUCUUGGAUCAAAGCCAUUAUCAGCAACAAAGUGACCGCACUGUGGAUCCUGCUCCUCAACCUCCUCCGCCUCCGCCUAUUGAGAAUCUCCCUCCUCCGCCUCCUCCUCUCCCUAAAUUCUCUCCUUCUCCGAUUAAACGCGCCAUUAGCUUGCCUACCAUGGCGGUUAGAGGUAGGAAGCUUCGGACUGUGGAUUCAAUGGCGAUUGAGGAGGAAGAUGAAGAGGAUGAGGAAGAAGAUGAGGAAGAGGAGGGAGUUAAGGACGGUGCUAGAGUUACUACUCGUAAGGAGGAGGAGGAACAGUCUUCUCCCCGAACGCCGGAGAAUGUUGGGAAUGGUAGAAAGCGACCGGAGACGCCGGAGAUUGCGAGUGCCUCGCCGGCGAAUAGCAUGGCUUGGGAUUACUUUUUCAUGGUGGAGAAUAUGCCUGGACCUAACUUAGACAAUAGGGAAAUGGGAAACGGGUAUCAGAGUCAGAGUAAUCAUCAUUUCGAGUUCAAUGAAGAGGAAGAAGAAGUAGAGGAGAGAUCUGGGAUAUUCCGUAAGAACUCCGGUCACAAGGCUGUUGAGGAAAUGGAGCCGAAAACGCCGGAGAAAGUGGAGGAAGUUGAAGAAGAAGAAGAGGAAGAGGAUGAGGAAGAAGAAGAUGAAGAAGAAGAAGAGGAGGAAGAAGAAGAGGAUGCAAUGGUGGCGGAGGCAAAGAAGAAAAAGAAAGGAAAAGCUAAGAUUGAGCAUGCCAGCACUGCUCCGACGGAGUUCCGGCGUGCGGUCGCCAAGACCACCGCUUCAAGCGUGAAUUUGAUGAAGAUACUGGAUGAGAUUGAUGAUCGAUUCCUCAAAGCGUCAGAGUGUGCCCAGGAGGUCUCCAAAAUGCUGGAAGCAACAAGAUUACAUUACCACUCGAAUUUUGCAGAUAAUCGAGGAUAUGUUGAUCAUUCUGCUAGGGUAAUGCGGGUUAUAACUUGGAAUAAAUCGCUAAGAGGCAUUUCCAAUGGUGAAGGUGGAAGAGAUGACCAAGAAUCAGAUGAGCAUGAAACUCAUGCGACGGUGUUGGACAAAUUGUUGGCAUGGGAGAAGAAACUCUAUGAUGAAGUGAAGCAAGGUGAGCUUAUGAAGAUAGAGUACCAGAAAAAGGUAUCUUUACUUAAUAGGUAUAAAAAAAAAGGUUCGAGUGCAGAAACCGUGGAGAAAACAAAGGCGGCCGUGAGUCAUCUACACACGAGAUAUAUCGUUGACAUGCAAUCAAUGGAUUCGACGGUCUCAGAAGUAAACCGUUUAAGGGAUGACCAAUUGUAUCCAAGACUUGUCUCCCUAGUUGAAGGGAUGGCAAAGAUGUGGACAAAUAUGUGCAUACAACAUGACACACAACUAAAGAUCGUUGGAGAGCUAAAAUCCCUUGAAAUCUCAACUUGUCACAAAGAAACCACAAAGCAACAUCACCAACAGACACGGCAGUUCUGCACGGUCUUGGAAGAAUGGCAUGCUCAGUUCGAUAGACUCGUGACUCACCAGAAGCAGUACAUUAACUCUCUCAACAGCUGGUUGAAGCUAAACCUUAUCCCCAUUGAGAGCAGCCUUAAAGAGAAGGUUUCCUCUCCUCCACGGCCUCAGCGCCCGCCAAUCCAAGCACUUCUCCACUCGUGGCAUGACUGUCUUGAGAAACUUCCCGAUGAGGUCGCCAAAUCAGCUAUUUCGUCUUUCGCUGCAGUCAUCAAAACAAUAUUGCUUCAUCAGGAGGAAGAGAUAAAACUGAAGGAGAAAUGUGAAGAGACGCGAAGAGAGUUUAUAAGGAAGAAGCAAGGUUUUGAGGAAUGGUAUCAGAAACACUUGCAGAAAAGAGGACCAAUGGAGGAAGGUGAAGGUGGGGAAGACGCAAGCAGUAGAGAUCAUGUCACAGAGAGGAGAAUCGUUGUGGAGACACUGAAGAAAAGGCUUGAAGACGAAGAAGAAGCUCACCAAAGACAUUGUGUUCAGGUGAGGGAGAAGUCUCUCAACAGUUUGAAGAUCAGAUUGCCUGAGAUCUUCAGGGCACUGUCUGAUUAUGCCCACGCUUGUGCUGACUCAUACGAAAAGCUCAGAAUCAUAUCGCAGACUCAGAAAGCCACUGUAUCUUCUUGAACCAGUUUUUACUUCUUUUCGAAACAAGAAAGGGCUCUCUCUCUCGCUGCUUAUGUUUUAAAUAAACUCUUGUUUGAAUAGUUUUUAGAAGUAAGUUAACUAUUUUUGCCACCCUGACAUUUUACAAGUGGUUAUGUACUAUGAAACAUUUAUAAUUAAAACAUAUAUUCAAAUAAUUUCACC